AUGACAGUGAAUGAACAAAUGAAUUUUGAUGAUAAAAUUGAUGAUAAAACAAGCCCUCAAUUAUCAGUACAACAUCAUUAUUCGAAUAAUGUUUAUGCUUCUACUAGUAUUGAUAAUUCAUUGCAUGGGGAACUAUCUCAACUCUCGAAUAGUGAUAAUGUGUCUUCUAUAGAUGUAGGAGAAAUCCUGGAUGCCUUCAAAGUGCAAAUAUUUUUAAAUGGAUUAAACAAAGAGUUAGCAACAUUAGUAACGAUACAAAAUCCUAACACAUUAGAUGCUAUCAUUACUUAA